ACGGUAAAAAAAAAUAAUAUCCCGCCAUGCGAGUUUCUUGACCAAGACGAUAUUUACGUUUAGAAUCAUGCCACCGACACAAGAUUCAGAGGAUGUUUUAAAGAUAAUAGUUGCCACUGAUAUUCACCUUGGUUAUGCAGAAAAAGAUGGAAUUAGAGGAAACGAUUCUUUAGUAGCUUUUGAAGAAAUCCUAGAAAAUGCCAAAAAACAUGAUGUCGACUUUAUCCUUCUUGGAGGAGAUCUGUUUCAUGAAAACAAACCUCCUCGUAGAAUAAUGCAUGGAUGUAUCUCCCUCUUACGCAAGUACUGUAUGGGGGAUAAACCUGUUCAGUUUGAAUACCUUAGUGAUCAAUCAAAGGAUUUCAACCAUUGUCAGUUUCCAUAUUUGAAUUAUGAAGACCCAAAUUUAAACAUUUCUAUCCCUGUGUUCUCCAUUCAUGGUAACCAUGAUGACCCAACAGGCCAAGGGAACCUUUGCACACUGGAUGUUUUGCAUACCUCAGGUUUUGUCAAUUACUUUGGAAAGCACACUUCGUUAGAAAAAAUUGAAAUGAGUCCACUGCUUCUACAGAAGGGUUCAACAAAAUUAGCCAUGUAUGGACUUGGUUCUAUCAGAGAUGAGAGAUUGCACAGGAUGUUUUUAAAAAAGACGGUUACAAUGUUGAGGCCUAGAGAAAAUCCAGAUGAAUGGUUCAACAUGUUUGUGAUUCACCAAAACCGAUCAAAACAUACCACAACAAACUAUAUUCCAGAACAAUUUCUUGAUGAUUUUCUAGACCUUGUGAUUUGGGGUCAUGAACAUGAAUGUAGAAUUAAACCAGAAUGGAACAGUGUUCAGAAUUUUUAUGUCAGUCAGCCUGGCAGCAGUGUUGCUACCUCUCUUAGUGAGGGGGAGACUGUUAAGAAGCACAUUGGCUUACUGCAAAUCAAAGGUAAAAAUUUCAAAAUGACGGAAAUUCCACUGGAGACAGUUCGUCCAUUUUACAUGGAGGAUGUCAUGCUAAGUGAUACUAGUCUGAAUCCUCAAGACCACAACAUUGCUAAGAAGGUUGAAGCUUUCUGUUCUGAAAAAGUUGAAGGUUUAUUGGAGAAAGCAGAAUCUGAGCACUCAGGAAAUGGCAAGCAGCCAGACAAGCCAUUGAUAAGACUACGAAUCGACUAUAGUGGGGGAUUCGAGCCUUUUAGUGCCCAUAGGUUUGGACAAAAAUUCAUCGACAAAGUUGCUAACCCUAAAGAUAUGGUACAGUUUCAAAGAAAGAAAGUCAUAUCUACAAAAAGUGAUUCUAAAGAUGACAAGGAUGCUCUAGAAGCCAUUAAAGCUGACACCUUGGAUACCUCUAGGGUAGAAGAUAUGGUGAAGGACUAUUUCAGCAGUUCUGAUUGUAAGAUGCAGCUGAAGCUACUUACGGAGAAGGGUAUGGGUCAGGCCGUACAGGAAUUUGUAGACAAGGAGGAGCGUGAGGCCAUCUCGGAGCUUGUCAAGUACCAGCUACAGAAAACACAGACUUACCUGAAACAGAGAAAUGCAAAUGAAGAAAUCAUAGAUGCUGAGGUGACUCGGUACAAGGAGGAGAGGAAGAAGAAAAAAGAGGAUGAUGAGGAAGUGAAGGAGGCUAUAAAGAGGGCUCAGGCAAACCGCUCCCAGCAGGAAGAUGGCGAUGAAGAAGGGGAGGUUAGUCCACUAGACUCUGAUGACAAUGAGGCUCCAACGGUUCGUGGGAGGGGACGGGGGCGUGGCAGUACCAGGAGCCGGGGCAGGGGAUCUAGAGGUGGCAGAGGCAGAGGAGAAGGAACAUCUACCAGAGGAGGAAGAGGAAAAAAGAAGGAAACAGUUGUAGCAGAAAGUCAGAACAGAAGCAUCAUGGAUGCCUUUGGAGCAACGUCACAAAGGUCUAAGAAAACAUCAAGUUCCAGGAAGUACAACAUGUCCGACUCUGAAGAUGAUAUUAUGAAUAUAUCCGAUGAGGACGAAUUCAGUAAUAUCCCCUCCUCCUCAAGUAGGAAGAAACAGCCCGUAGUCAACACUUCCUCCAGGAGAAAUAACACAAGUUCAAACAAAAAAAGAGGUGUGGCCUUUGACUCGGAUGAUGAUGAUGAUGAUCCAUUUCCAACUAGUAAACGUAGAAGAUGAGAUUAAGUGUGUGAUAGGGAUUAUGUCUGGUGAUGAAACGUGUAUGUACAUAUAUACACUAGUGACAUACAGGAAUGAAACUGUGGUCCAUCAUACACAACAUAUUGACAGUGAUUAAGAAAAUUCUUCUUAUUGUAUGGUAAUGGAGUCAGGUUUUGAAAAAUUGUGAAAUGGUUGCAUGCAAGAUGUUUACAUCACCAGAUACAGAGAAGUUAUAUUACUGUGAUAUGUUUGGUAUCUAAAAGUCUUGGGUAUCUUAGGAUUAUCUAAUACAUGUGGCAUUCAUUAGUGCUAGAGUAAAAUUCAGUAAUUGUCUAGUCCUGAUAACACUGGACUGUCCAGGAUUUCAUACUUCUUGUGUAAAUCAUCAGUGUAGAAAUAUCCUGGGGGUCUAGGGUCAGGAUUGAGAUUCUUGGGAUGAAAUUCAAAGGGCUAUUUCUAUAAAAAAAAAUCUACCAAUGCCAGAAUUACAACAGAUAUCUUCAUGGCGGUAUUCUGUCUAUUACUUAAUAAAAUUGUUUGGAUAUAUCUUACAAUAUAAUAUAUACUUCUUUGUAACUUGAUUUGAUGGAAAUUGAGAUCAAAUCACUAAAUGGUUUUGGCAAAACAUGACUGUACACAGUGCGUGAAUUAUCAACCUCUUCGGUCUGUGCCAUAGUCAGGGUUCUGGUCACACAUGACUGGACAGUGUGUAAUUUACCAAACUUUUAGGUCAAUGCUAUGGUCAGGGUUCUGGUCACACAUGACUGUAGUUUGUAAUUUACCAAACUUUUAGGUCAAUGCUAUGGUCAGGGUUCUGGUCAAACAUGACUGGACAGUGUGUAAUUUACCAAACUUUUAGGUCAAUGCUAUGGUCAGGGUUCUGGUCACACAUGACUGUAGUUUGUCAUUUACCAAACUUUUAGGUCUGUGCCAUAGUCAGGGUUCUGGUCAAACAUGACUGGACAGUGUGUAAUUUACCAAACUUUUAGGUCAAUGCUAUGGUCAGGGUUCUGGUCACACAUGACUGUAGUUUGUAAUUUACCAAACCUUUAGGUCAAUGCCAGUCAGGGUUCUGGUCACACAUGAUUGGACAGUGUGUAAUUAACCACACUGUCGGAUUCCUUGUGGUUCUAGUCACACAUGACUGGACAGCGAGUAAUUUACCACACCGUCAGAUUCCCGGUGGCAUCAUUGGUACUGUACCUUUAAUAUUUGUCUUGUGUCUAGUACAUUAUUAUAACACCACCUAGCAGGUUCAUCAUGUACUUGUAUUCAAUAUAUAUGAUUAUGUAACAAGAUGCCCUUUUUUUGUACAGAAUACAUAAUGUAGUUGGUUUCAUGAAUCAUUAUCAAACUGAAAAAUGUUCUCGAUUACUUAAGAUGGUUGUUAGUGAUGACUAUUUUCCUGUUAUUGUCGAAUAAUUUUAUUUUUGUUAUUCAUAUGAAAAUUAAUGAAUAAAUUUCUAGAUAACAC